AGCCGAGCCGGAGGGCUGACCGGGAACCGCAAGCCGCGCUGGGCGGGAGCAGCCAUGGCGCCGCGCAAGGCUGGGGCCCGCACCGCCGCGCGCAGCCUGGGCGCCGCGUAGCCGGGCCGGGCCGGAGCGGGCGGGCGGGCGGCUGGCGAUGGUGACACAUGCGGCGGCGGCGUGCCGGCGGCAGGACCAUGGUUGAGCGCGCCAGCAAGUUCCUUCUGGUGGUAGCGGGCUCGGCGUGCUUCAUGCUCAUCCUGUACCAGUACGCGGGCCCGGGGCUGAGCCUGGGCGCGCCGGGCGGCCGCGCGCCGCCCGACGACCUGGACCUGUUCCCCACGCCCGACCCACACUACGAGAAGAAGUACUACUUUCCGGUGCGUGAGCUCGAGCGCUCGCUGCGCUUCGACAUGAAGGGCGACGACGUGAUCGUGUUUCUGCACAUCCAAAAGACGGGCGGCACCACCUUCGGCCGCCACCUCGUCCAGAACGUGCGCCUGGAGGUGCCCUGCGACUGCCGGCCCGGUCAGAAGAAGUGCACUUGCUACCGGCCCAACCGCCGCGAGACCUGGCUCUUUUCCCGCUUCUCCACGGGCUGGAGCUGCGGACUGCACGCUGACUGGACCGAACUCACCAACUGCGUGCCCGGCGUGCUGGACCGCCGCGACCCCGCCGCGCUGCGAACGCCCAGGAAGUUCUACUACAUCACCCUCCUGCGGGACCCCGUGUCCCGCUACCUGAGUGAAUGGCGGCAUGUGCAGCGCGGGGCCACAUGGAAGACCUCACUGCACAUGUGCGAUGGGCGCACACCCACGCCCGAGGAGCUACCACCCUGCUAUGAGGGCACGGACUGGUCAGGCUGCACACUGCAGGAGUUCAUGGACUGCCCCUACAACCUGGCCAACAACCGCCAGGUGCGCAUGCUGGCUGAUCUGAGCCUGGUGGGCUGCUACAACCUUUCCUUCAUCCCCGAGGGCAAGCGCGCCCAGCUGCUGCUGGAGAGCGCCAAGAAGAACCUUCGAGGCAUGGCCUUCUUUGGCCUGACUGAGUUCCAGCGCAAGACUCAGUACCUGUUCGAGCGGACGUUCAACCUCAAGUUCAUCCGGCCCUUCAUGCAGUACAAUAGUACACGGGCAGGAGGCGUGGAGGUGGACGAGGACACCAUCCGGCGCAUCGAGGAGCUCAAUGAGCUGGACAUGCAGCUGUAUGACUAUGCCAAGGACCUCUUCCAGCAGCGCUACCAGUACAAGCGGCAGCUGGAGCGCAGGGAGCAGCGCCUCCGGAGUCGGGAGGAGCGCCUGCUGCACCGCGCCAAGGAGGCUCUGCCAGCUGAGGAUGCCGAGGAGCCAGGCCGAGUGCCCACCGAGGACUACAUGAGCCACAUCAUCGAGAAAUGGUAGUGGCAGGGGCUGCCGGAAGGCCUCGUAGGGCAGGGUGAGACCGGUCACAGGGCCACUCAGAACUGCUGGGAGACCCCACACCUGCUCACUGGAAGGCAGGUAACAUCUUGGGAAAUGGAAGAGUGGGGCAGGGUUUCUUUGCUGUCCUCCCCAGCACAGGCCUGACAGAUGGGCAUAUCCAGCCUUUGGGGGCAGAGGGAAGCAAGCUGGAAAGAUGCCACAGGCACAGUGGCAUGGUAGGGCUUCUGGAGCAGGGGGCAUCCCUGCUGCCCUGACUCCCACAUUGUGCCAUCAGCUAAUGGUUUGGAAAAAGAGACAGAGACUCUGAAGAGAGGAGAGCCAGGCCAGGAGCAAGCCCGAUACGAACUAUGCACACAGCCACGCUUACCUUGUGCAGCCCAGCAGGGUAGCAUACCCACUUGCAGAGCCAACCCAACACCCCUUGGCCUCCAGGGGCCCCAGUGCCUAGGACCUGGAAGCCACCUCCCUAGAAACACAGCAGUUCAGGGGUCUCAGGACUGGAGCUCCCACCUCGGCCACCUGUCAGUGACCAGGCGGGCUACCUAGCUGCCGCAGUCCACUCUGGUCCCAGCCCUGGAACUCAGAUGCCACUCGCCGACUUGUGAUCAGAACCUAUAGUGCAGCUGGGCCUUGGGGUACCACUGGGCAGAUAGGGUACCAGGAGUGCCCCUGCCUGUUCUCCCUGACCUGUCGCCAUCCCAUUGCCGGGACUUUUACUCAAGGGCUCAUAUACUACAUUCCUGUGACCCUUGCAUAAAAGUACAGUCAGGCCCUGUCACUGGGAACAGGGCUGUUGCCUGUGAGUCCUGCCCUGGGCCGCAGCGGUUCUCGGUGACCAGGAAGGUAACUCAGCCCCUCAGGUUCCUGACGUGGCAUGGCCCACCCCACAGGGUGCACAGCCUCCCCACACUUCUCCCAACCUUCUCGUAGGCUGGCCAGCAGCCUCCACAAGCCAUGUUGCAUAUCUGUUGGAAGCACUUGCCCUGUACCCUGUCCCUCAGUUCUGGAGGCCACCUGCUGACCCUGCAGCGGGACAGGCCCUCUUUCCUACUCCCGGUCUCUCUGGGCCACUGGAGGGUCCCGUUCUGAAGGGUUGGUCACCACAGCAGCAGCAGGGCCACUGGCAGAAGCAGCUUCGUCUUUGCUUGUCGUCUAUACUGGGGCCCAGAAGCAGGAUGGGCUUGGCAGGCACAUUGGAGAUGUGGACACCCACUCACCCCCGGUGAGUGAGUAGAGUGGCUGUGUGAAUGUGCAGGCCCUGUCAGCAUCUGGAAGCGGGCUCCGUGCUCUUCGUUUGAGUGCACCCUUGGAAGAUGGGGAUUUGGGGAACCCUGGGGUCAGUUUUCUCAUGCUGUCCUCUCUCAAAACAGAGCUUGUAGCACUGGCCUGAGCGCAGACUGUCUUGUACAUACUGGGUAUAUGUUAGCUAUGCCCCGCUGUCCCCAUGUACAUGGAAGCACGGGUUUCCCCACGGUCUCUUUGCUGCAUUUGGAGACAGUCCUACCCAAGGCCAGUGCCAUCCUUGGCCCUCGGCUGUCCGGAUGGCCCUGCCCGCCCAGGCUGCCUGCACUGGGGCGAAGUUUCCUUGUGCCCAUGGCAUUUCCCAGGACAUCAAGGAAAGAGUGGCCCCAUCCUUGCUCUGCAACUGCCCCCAUCCCACAGCCCUCCGGGGCUGAGUGGACACAGUGGUCACCAAGCACCCUACAGACCUACAGAUGUCCCUCCAGACGGGUUCCCUGGAGGGGAGCCAGGGACUGCAGAACUGUCCAAGCAACAAGUCUGUGAGCUUUUUGGGAACUGGAACUGUUUCACUUGAACCCAGGAGCGUUUAAAGCUUUAUUUAUUUAUAGCUUCUUAUCAAAAACAAUAAAAGUGUUGAGAAAUCUUUUGGUUAUUCAUACAAAAAAAUGAGUUGCUGAUGGAGAAGCAGGUCAUAAUCACCUAAUUGUUUCUGUCUAGAUCGAGAAUGAAUGUUAGCAGAUGAAAUAAACCAGAAAAGGA